AUGACCACUGUCGGGUUCCCAACGCCGCCGGCCCCGAUCACCUCCGCGCCGCCGGCCCCCGUCACUUCCGCGCCGUCGACAACCUCCGUCUUCACGCCGGAGGAGAUGACCAGCACCCUGCGGGACCUCGUGACGGCCGUCCAGGGCAUCUCCCUGUACUUGGCCGGCCCGCGCACCACCCCGCCGGCUGCGCCCCCCGCCUACAGCCACCCGGCGACGCACUGGCCGAUCCAGAACGCGUCGGGCCCGAGCGGGGCGCCCCUGCUGCCGUUCCAGGCGGGCUACACCGGCGGGCCCCCGCCGCUGCUGCACCUGCCCUGGUACUCGGUACCCGCGGCGAUCGCUGGGGCCCAUCCGUCGCUCCAGCCGCCGCCCGCCCCAGCGCCGUCCUGGCCGCAGUGGCCCGCGCCGGUUCUCACGGCGCCACCCGCGCCUCCCGCGUCCGCCCCAGCGCUGUAG